AUGUCAACGGAGAGCCCUGUGGAUUACACGCGGGACAUCCCGCUGCUUGCCCUCUCCCCCGUGGACGGGCGGUACAAGUCCAGCACCGCCCCGCUGCGGGCGUUCUUCUCGGAGUUCGCCCUAUUCAAGUACCGGGUGCGGGUGGAGGUGGAGUACUUCAUCGCCCUCUGCAAGGAGGUGCCGGCGAUCGCGCCGCUGCGGGGGGUGACGGACGCGCAGCUGCGGCAGCUGCGCGCGUCGGCGGUGGACACCUUCUCCGUCGCGGACGCUGAGGAUAUUAAGCGGAAGGAGCGGGUGACGAACCACGACAUCAAGGCGGUGGAGUACUUCGUGAAGGAGCGGAUGGAUAGCUGCGGCCUCGCCCAAGUCACGGAGUUUGUGCACUUCGGCCUGACCUCGCAGGACAUCAACAACACGGCGAUUCCGAUGAUGCUGCGGGACGCCAUCGCGUCGACGUACCUGCCCGCGCUGGACGGGCUCCUGCAGACGCUGGCGGGCAGGCUGGGCGACUGGGACGUGCCGAUGCUGGCCCGCACGCACGGCCAGCCGGCGUCCCCGACCAACCUCGCGAAGGAGUUCAUGGUGUGGAUCGAGCGGCUGCGGGAGCAGCGGCGGCAGCUGGUGGCGAUCCCCAACUCCGGCAAGUUCGGUGGGGCGACGGGCAACUUCAACGCCCACCUCGUGGCCUACCCCGCGGUGGACUGGCGCAGCUUCGGAGACCUGUUCCUCGCCAAGUACCUGGGCCUGCAGCGGCAGCAGUGCACGACGCAGAUUGAGCACUACGACAACCUGGCCGCCCUCUGCGACGCCUGCGCGCGGCUGCACGUGAUUCUCAUCGACCUCUGCCGCGACGUCUGGCAGUACAUCUCGAUGGGCUUCUUCUACCAGAAGGUGAAGGCGGGGGAGGUGGGCAGCAGCGCGAUGCCGCACAAGGUGAACCCCAUCGACUUUGAAAACGCGGAGGGGAACCUCGCCGUGAGCAACGCCAUGCUAAAAUUCAUCGCCGCCAAGCUGCCCAUCUCACGCCUGCAGCGCGACCUGACCGACAGCACCGUGCUGCGGAACUUGGGCGUGCCGAUCGGCCACGCCUGCAUCGCCUUCGCCUCCAUCGGGCGGGGGAUUGCGAAGCUGCUGGUGCACAGCGAGGCCAUCGAGAAGGACCUCGCGGCCAACUGGGCGGUGGUGGCGGAGGGCAUCCAGACGGUGCUGCGCCGCGAGUGCUACCCGAAGCCGUACGAGGCGCUGAAGGAGCUGACGCGCGGCAACCGUGCGGUGACGCGGGAGACGGUGCGCACGUUCAUCGAAGGCCUCACGGGCAUCUCGGAGGAGGUGCGGCGCGAGCUGCUGGCCAUCACCCCCUUCUCCUACGUUGGCUACGUGCGCCCCCACGCGUGA